AUGCCAGUGGCAGGACCAAACUCAACUUUUGUGACUGAGUUUCUCUUUGAAGGUUUCUCCAGUUUUGGGUGGCAGCACAGGCUUGUCUUCUUUGUUGUUUUUCUAACACUGUACCUGCUGACUCUGUCUGGCAAUGUGGUUAUUGUGACCGUUAUUCGCCUGGACCGUCACCUUCAUACUCCCAUGUACUUCUUCCUCAGCAUGCUCUCCAUCUCUGAGACCUGCUACACUGUGGCCAUCAUUCCCUGUAUGCUUUCUGGUCUCCUGAAUCCUCAGAAGACUAUUUCUUUUCAAGACUGUGCCACCCAGCUCUUCUUCUAUCUAACUUUUGGCAUCAAUAACUGCUUUCUACUUACAGCCAUGGGAUAUGACCGCUACGUGGCCAUCUGCAACCCUCUAAGGUAUUCAGUUAUCAUGGGCAAGAGGGCUUGUGUCCAGCUGGUAUGUGGGUCACUGGGCAUUGGCUUGAGCAUGGCCAUUGUCCAGGUAACAUCUGUAUUUGGUUUGCCUUUCUGUGAUGGCUUUGUCAUCUCCCACUUCUUCUGUGAUGUGAGACCCCUGCUGAAGCUGGCCUGCACAAAUACCACUGUCAAUGAGAUCAUCAACUUUGUUGUGAGUGUCUUUGUCCUUGUUCUACCAAUGGCCCUGGUCUUCAUCUCCUAUGUCCUCAUUAUUGCUACAAUCCUCAAGAUUGCUUCAGCAGAGGGUAGGAAGAAGGCCUUUGCCACCUGUGCCUCCCACCUCACAGUGGUCAUCAUCCACUAUGGCUGUGCCUCGAUCAUCUACCUCAAGCCUAAGUCCCAGAGUUCCCUGGGGCAGGACAGACUCAUCUCAGUGACUUACACUGUCAUCACGCCCCUGCUGAACCCUGUUGUGUACAGCCUGAGGAACAAGGAGGUCAAAGAGGCUCUGUGCAGAGCACUGUGA